CCCCGCCUCUUAAGGGGAGGCACUGGAAGGAAGGAGGAAGGGCUAUGCCCGGCGCCAUGUGGGCAUAGUCCAGCCCUGUCGCCCCGCUGCCCGUUUCCCUCGGAGAGAGGGCGCCAUGGCCGGCGAGGCGACGGCGCCGAGGCCCAGCGCCCGUCUGCCCUCCUCGUCGCCCGCACGGAGGGACUUCUACUGGCUCCGCUCCUUCGUUGCCGGAGGCGUUGCAGGAUGUUGUGCCAAAACAACAAUUGCACCGUUGGAUCGAGUAAAGAUUUUGUUGCAAGCUCAUAACCAUCAUUACAAACAUUUAGGUGUGAUUUCUACAUUGUGUGCUGUACCAAAAAAAGAAGGUUACCUAGGUUUAUAUAAAGGCAAUGGAGCAAUGAUGAUUAGAAUCUUUCCAUAUGGUGCCAUUCAGUUUACAGCAUUUGGCCAGUAUAAAAAGAUUAUUAAAAAUGAGCUGGGUGUAUCUGGGCAUAUUCACCGGUUAAUGGCUGGAUCUAUGGCAGGUAUAACUGCAGUAAUUUGUACAUACCCUCUGGACAUGGUGAGAGCACGUUUGGCAUUCCAAGUAAAAGGGGAUGACAAGUACACUGGAAUUAUUCAUGCAUUCAAGACCAUUUACACAAAGGAAGGUGGUAUGCAAGGAUUUUAUCGAGGACUUACGCCAACAAUAGUAGGAAUGGCUCCGUAUGCAGGUUUCUCAUUUUUUACCUUUGGUACCUUAAAGAGUGUGGGACUUGCCCAAGCGCCUGCCCUCCUCGGGAGGCCUUGCUUAGAUAAUCCUGAUGUCUUAGUUUUGAAAACUCAUGUAAAUUUGCUGUGUGGUGGCAUAGCUGGAGCAAUAGCACAGACAAUAUCAUAUCCUCUUGAUGUAACACGAAGGCGAAUGCAGCUAGGAGCAAUUCUUCCAGAUUCUGAGAAGUGCCUUACAAUGAUACAGACACUGAAAUAUGUUUAUGGAAACCAUGGAAUACGAAGAGGAUUAUAUAGAGGAUUAUCUCUGAAUUACAUUCGAUGUGUCCCUUCACAGGCUGUUGCUUUCACCACUUACGAAUUUAUGAAGCAGUUUUUGCACCUCAAUUAAAGACUCUAAAAUGUAACUGAAAAAUAUUUCACCUGUUUUCAUACUGCAUUUAAUGAUAAUUUCCCAUUUCAAAUUAUUAUUGAGAAAUCACUGGUAUUUAUAGUACUUUCUUUAGUUAAAAUAUGAAGUGUAAAUUGGAUGCUGCUCAGUAAUGUUGGAUUAAGUAGUUGUAAUGCAAAUAAUAUAUAAAGAUCUUUUGGUGGAAAUAUAAAUGCAGUAAACUUGUUAUAAGAAGGAAAAUGUUUUAUAGUGAUUGCAGUGCAUUGCAUUUUUAUCCCAUUUUGCUUGUGUAUUUUUUAAAGGAUUUAUGUAUCUACUUUUCUAAAAACUUGGCUUACAUACUAUAACUAAAAUGUAAUAGUGUUCACUUGGAGAUGCAUAUGUCAUGUUCUACCACUGCAUUUGGCACUGUAUUUACACGAAACAAGUUUAGGGCUGAGGUAUAAUUCUUACUGCACAAGUUACUUAUUUCAGAGUCUCUUUUUUAAAAUACCAUUUAUAGGUUAACAUUUAAUUUUUAUUAUCAUUUUCUAAUAGGUAUAAUGUAGACAACAUAAUGCUUUGUUUUUGAUACAAACUUCCUUGGCUGGGAUACAAAAUGGUGCAAGCUCAGUUGAAUACUUGACUUUAUUUUAGUUGAAUAAUUUUCUUCCUACAAAAUUGCUUUUGAAAUUCCCAUAUGUCUUGGAUUGGUGUGAUACAGGAGAUACUAUGAUAAGCUUUUUGAUAUUGAGGGGAGGUGUUUGGUCUUUCUCUCAAUAUCAACCUCUUUCAGCUGCUCCUCUAUAGGAUGGAGGGGAAAAAUUAGCUAUGGGGUCAAAACAGCCAAAUUGUGUUAAUAAAAACGCACAUCAUGGAUCUUCCAGUUCAUUUCCUGUUUGUCCUUAAAUUUUAAAAAUGCUGCAGUGAAGCAUGAACUGCUUUUCAGGUUAAGUUAAAAGACCCCUUGAGCUCAGUAAUCACAUAAUCCUUGGCUACUGGACACUGUGAUUCUAUAUUACUAACAGUGCAAUCCUAUAUAUGUCUAUUCAGAAGUAAGUUGCAUUGAGUAUAGAUUUCAACCUAACAUAUCCACUGUAUUUUUUAUUAAUUUUAGCAUAUGCUAAAACGGUUGUGUGGUUAAUGUAUUAUGGAAAUUACUUUGUCAAACAAUUAAGCUUAACUUAGGCUGUUGUGAUUUGGAUUUGCUUGUAAAGGUCAGUUGAUUUCUAAAGUGAUAAAAAAACGAACAAACUAAUAAUUAUUAUGGGUCCAAACUCAGAAGAUCUUGUAUCUUCUUUUACUGUGUGCCUGCAUCAUACUACUGAAAGCUGAGGGGAAAGGAACCUUUUUUUCUUUUUAAAGAAAGAAAUCAUGCCAAAAGACCCAUAUCUCAAAGCAGUUUUUAUGCAGGGAUCGCUCUUAACUGCAUAUUUGCAGCCUUAACUGUUUUCAGUAGCUGUGUUUUCCCAUGCAGCCCAUACAGUAUACUGCUUCACUAUUUGUAUAUGACUUCUGUUGCAACUUUCCUAGUACAGUAGUUACAUGAUCAAACUCUUUAAAUACCUCAAGGGCUUCCACAGAGAAGAGGUGGACACUGGGCAGGCCUAUUUCAGUUGAAUAUUAGAAGGAACUUCUUGUCAGUGUGAAUGGUUCAGCAAUAAAACCAAUUGCUGAAGGAGGCAGUGGAGUUUACUUCCCUGGAUGUCUUAAAAAAUAAGUGCAGGGGUUGCUCUAGCUGGAGAUCCUACACUGAGCAGGAGGUUGGGCAUGAUGGCCCAUAGGUCCCCUUCCAGUGCCAUCACUGUAUGACCUUUCACCCUUAAAAAAACCAAAAAUCUCUCCCAGUUCUGUGAGCUUCAGUGCUUCAGUCAAGUUAUGUCUGUAUUAGAUUAUUAUACUCCACUACGGUGUUUAUGACAACAUGAGUGUUGCUCUGCUGCCCUCAAAUUGACCUGUCCUUUCGGCAACAUAUAUUCCCCACGUUGCUUGGAAUUAUACCCUUGGCUAGUGACAGAUGGCCUAGAACUGGCAGAUUAAGUAUAUUUCUGUAUUUGAAAUAUUUGAAAGAAAGUCACAUUGAAGAAGGGGCAGGUUUGCUUUCUGCUGCUCUAGAGACCAGGACAAAGAGCAAUUGAUUCAAAUUACUGUACAGUAAAAGAGAUUCCACCCAAACAUUAGGAAAGGCUUCCUAAUGGUAAGAGCUGUCCCAAUGAAAUGUGCUGCCUCCUUGGAGCAUGGUGGAGUCUCCUUCUCUGGAGCUUUUUCAGCAGAGGCUGGAUGGUCAUCUGUUGGGAAGGCUUUGAUUCUGUAUUCCUGCAUGUCAGAAUAGGGUUGGACUGUAUGGCCUUUGGGGUCUCUUUCAACUCUAGCAUUCUAUUAUUCUUUCCUAGAACAAGACUACCGCCAUCCCUCCAAUGCACCAUCCUGUGGCAUGUAGGAAGUGGUGUUUGGUGUUUUAAAGGUUUAUUUCAUUCACAGAGUCUACACUGGUAAAUUUCUGAUUUUACCAAACUUGAAUUAUGAAAACACUUCUCAUAAUCUUCCGGUAAAGCAAUGUAAUUUAUUUAUUUAUUGUAAAUACUGUAUAUAACUAUGAAACGGGCAACAGUGAUGCUACCCAAAUUAGUAGCUGUAGCUUUGUUUAUGACCCACAAUUGGGACAUUGAAUCUCAACCCUGUGGUUUGACUUUUAUUUUUAUUCUGUUACAAUGUCUUCAGAAUUUGAUAUAAUUAUUGGCAGAAGGAUGUACAUAUUUAGUUUUUAAAUGUGUUGAAUACCAUGAAGAAAUGCAUGUAUGGAAAUAGUUUUCUUUCAUAAUUGGAUUUACGCUUAUUGAUUAAAUUGAAAUAAAAUUAUUGCAAUUUUA